CACAAACACACACACACACGAAGAACGAGAGGCUCAUGGGUAUCAUCAAUGCACCAGGGACACAUUUCAAGGGACAGGCUGCAGAGAAGGCAAACCCGACCAGAGAGAAGGUGGUCGGGGCAUUGCAGGGACCUCUCCUACAUCUUCAGCUCUGAGUCUCCAGUUCUGGGUACGGCAGGAUCCCCGAGAAAACAGAGAUAAACACAGAUGCUUGCACAAGCCUGCGAGACAACUGGAGAUCCGACUAGAGUUGAAAGGUAGGCUUUCGGCAAUCUGCGCGUUUUGCUGUGUUCAGGGCGCAAGUCUUCCAGGGACACAUUUCCUUCCACGCUCCAGGGAACCUCCCCGGCCACCACCCCUCCUGCUGGACAGCUUCCCAUUUGCCGGAAUUUUAUGGGCGCCGCCUCUUUAAGCGCCGCGCGGCGCGCAUGCGCCCUGGCUGUGGGCCUGGCGAACCCGGCUUCUGCACGCAGAGCGGCUUGGUUUGGGUGGGGCGUUCCCGGAGCCGGCGCGUCCUCCGCCUUUACGCGGAGUCCAGCGACCCCGAGCGAGGACAGCGCCUUCGGAGCUGCGAGGCAGGACCCUGCGUCUCCUCUUCCUCCCGCUCGGGCCGAGGCUGAGUCGCGGUUGGCCAGGCCCCAGGACGCCCCCCAUGGCGGGCCCGCGGGUCGAGGUGGACGGCAGCAUCAUGGAAGGGGGCGGGCAGAUCUUGAGGGUGUCUACGGCUCUGAGCUGUCUCCUGGGCCUCCCCUUGCGGGUGCAGAAGAUCCGAGCAGGCCGCAGCACGCCGGGCCUUAGUAUUAUGACCUGAAGGCCUCAGCAUUUAUCUGGACUGGAAAUGAUUCGAGAUUUCUGUGAUGGGCAACUGGAGGGGGCAGAAAUCGGCUCAACAGAAAUAAUGUUUACGCCAGAGAAGAUCAAAGGUGGAGUCCACACAGCAGAUACCAAGACAGCAGGGAGUGUAUGCCUCUUGAUGCAGGUCUCAAUGCCCUGUGCUCUCUUUGCUGCUUGUCCAUCAGAACUUCGUUUGAAAGGUGGAACUAAUGCUGAAAUGGCACCACAGAUUGAUUACACAGCCAUGGUUUUCAAGCCAAUUGUUGAAAAAUUUGGUUUCACAUUUAAUUGUGACAUUAAAAUGAGGGGCUACUAUCCAAAAGGAGGUGGUGAAGUGAUUAUCCGAAUGUCGCCAGUUAAACAGUUGAACCCAAUAAAUUUAACUGACCGUGGCUCUGUGACUAAGAUAUAUGGAAGAGCUUUUGUUGCUGGUGUCUUGCCAUUUAAAGUAGCAAAAGAUAUGGCAGCGGCAGCCGUAAGAUGCAUCAGAAAGGAGAUUAGGGAUCUAUAUGUUAACAUCCAGCCUGUUCAGGAAACUAAAGACCAAGCUUUUGGCAAUGGAAAUGGAAUAAUCAUUAUUGCUGAGACAUCCACUGGCUGUUUGUUCGCUGGAUCAUCGCUUGGUAAACGAGGUGUUAAUGCAGACAAGGUUGGAAUUGAAGCUGCUGAAAUGCUGUUAGCAAAUCUUAGACAUGGCGGUGCUGUGGAUGAGUAUCUGCAAGACCAGCUGAUCAUUUUCAUGGCAUUAGCCAGUGGAAUUUCCAGAAUAAAAACAGGACCAGUUACACUCCAUACCCAAACGGCUAUACAUUUUGCUGAACAACUAGCAAAGGCUAAAUUUACUGUGAAGAAAUCAGAAGAUGAAGAAGAUGCUUCUAAAGAUACUUACAUUAUUGAGUGCCAAGGAAUCGGGAUGACAAAUCCAAAUCUAUAGGGUAUUUGCCUCUUAAAUGAUACCUCAAUGAUGUAUUGCACUAAUCAUUUCAUAAAUAUUAUAUAGAACAAUGAAUAAGCAGUAACUUAUUAAAGGACCUGACUUAAAUUUAGAGAUGAAAUACAGAAAGUUCUAGAUUUGCUGAGACUGCUUCGUCCUAUUAAUCUCACUUUGACUGUCUUCUGAGAUAGAUAGGGACAGCGAAGUUUAAGAGUUGGUGAAUAUGUAUGAUAGCUGAUUUCAGUAUUAAAGUAUUGAAAUAAAAUAUUCUUUUCACCUGAA